AUGGAUAAUGAUUAUUUAGUAAUACAGAAAGGAUGUGAACGUGCCUCAUGGGUUAUAAAAAUGUUAACAAAAGAACAUAUAGACUCACUUGAACAAUUUUUUCAACAUAAUAAUAUUCCUGAAAUAAAUGAAAUAGAAAGUAUUGCUGCACAUCUUAAUAUAUCGCAUUAUUACGUUCGAACAUGGUUCACAUAUCGUUUCUUUGAAGGACUUGCUCGUCGUCAUCGUCAACGUUACAUGCCUCUUAUUGCAGCUUAA